UUUAUUAGAGUCGGAGAGUAAAAGGCCUUCAAAAUGGACCAAAAAAGUUUAAGUAUGAGAAGGAGCAUAAGGGUGAAUAGCAAUUCUAUUUGGAGAAAUAGUAAUGAUGUAUUUAAUCGUUCAUCGAGAGAUGAAGAUGAUGAAGAGGCACUUAAAUGGGCUGCACUCGAAAAGCUCCCAACUUUUGAUCGUUUAAGAAAAGGGAUUUUGCUUGGUCCACAAGGUGUAGCUAAUGAAGUUGAUAUACAUGAUCUUGGGAAGCAACAGUCUAAGGAUUUGAUUGAUAGGCUUGUCAAAGUUGCUGAUGAAGAUAACGAGAAGUUCUUGUUGAAACUUAGAGAUAGAGUUGACAGAGCUGGGAUGGUUUUGCCAUCAGUAGAAGUAAGAUAUGAGCAUCUAAAUAUCGAAGCAGAUGCAUAUGUCGGAAGUAGAGCUUUGCCUACAUUUACAAACUUUAUUACUAAUUUUCUUGAGACAAUUUUGAACUCUCUCCAUAUUCUACCGAAUCGAAAGAGAAAACUCACAAUUCUUAAUGAUGUGAAUGGUAUCAUUAAGCCAUGCCGAAUGACUUUGCUUUUAGGACCUCCAAGUUCUGGCAAAACGACUCUAUUAUUAGCUUUGGCCGGAAAGCUUGAUGGUAAGACAUGAUUUAAGUAAUAUAUACUGAGAGUUUCUGGGAAAGUAACCUAUAACGGACAUGAAAUAAAUGAAUUUGUGCCACAGAGAACAGCUGCUUAUAUUAGCCAGUAUGAUUUACACAUUGGAGAAAUGACUGUGAGAGAAACCUUGGAAUUCUCUGCUAAAUGCCAGGGCACCGGCUCUCUUUAUGAUAUGUUGGUUGAACUGUCAGGAAGAGAGAAAGCAGCUAAAAUCAAGCCAGAUCCUGAUAUUGAUAUCUUCAUGAAGGCAGCAGCAGCGAAGGGACAAGAAGCCAGUUUUGUUACAGAUUAUGUUCUUAAGCUUUUGGGACUGGAUAUUUGUGCAGAUACUAUGGUGGGAGAUGAAAUGAUAAGGGGUAUUUCAGGUGGACAAAAGAAGCGUGUGACAAUGGGUGAAAUGCUCGUUGGACCGUCGAAGGCACUUUUCAUGGAUGAAAUCUCAACUGGAUUGGAUAGUUCCACUACUUACUCAAUAGUGAACUCUCUAAGACAAUCAGUGCAAAUCUUGAAUGGAACUGCUGUGAUAUCUCUCUUGCAGCCAGCACCUGAGACCUACAACUUGUUUGACGACAUUAUUCUAUUAUCAGAUGGGAAAAUUGUCUAUCAGGGACCUCGAGAGGAUGUCCUUGGCUUCUUUGAGUCCAUGGGUUUCGAAUGUCCCAAUAGAAAGGGCGUGGCCGACUUCUUGCAAGAAGUGACUUCUAAGAAAGAUCAACAGCAAUAUUGGGUGAGGAGUGAUGAAAUUUACCGGUAUAUCAUGUCAGAAGAAUUUGCUGAUGCAUAUCAAUCAUCCCAUGUUGGAAGGAAACUCAGAGAUGAGCUUGCGGCAUCAUAUGACAAGAGUAGAAGCCAUCCUGCUGCUUUGUCAACCCAAAAGUACGGUAUAGGAAAAAAACAGCUCUUAAAGGUCUGCACUGAACGAGAACUCUUGCUGAUGAAGAGAAACUCAUUUGAUUACAAAUUCAAGUUCACUCAGCUUUUAAUUAUGGCACUCAUAACAAUGACCCUUUUUUUCCGAACUGAAAUGCCCCGUUAUUCUAUUGAAGAUGGAGGAAAAUAUGCUGGUGCCCUCUUUUUUAUUGUCACUAUGAUUAUGUUUAAUGGACUGUCUGAAAUCGCCAUGACAAUUUACAAACUUCCUAUCUUCUACAAGCAAAGGGACCUUCUCUUUUACCCUUCAUGGGCUUAUGCAACGCCCUCAUGGAUAUUCAAAAUCCCUAUAACAUUUGUUGAAGUUGGCCUUUGGGUGUUUGUCACUUACUAUGUCAUCGGAUUUGAUCCGAGCCCUGUAAGAUUGUUCAAACAUUUCUUGCUACUCAUACUAGUAAAUAUGAUGGUGUCGGGAUUGUUCCGCUUCAUUGGUGCUGCUGGAAGGACCAUGGGAGUUGCUAAUACAUUUGGAUUGUUUGUUCUGCUUUUACAAUUUGUAUUGGGUGGGUUCGUUCUUUCACGAGGUAUAUUUGUUGAUUUAUGUGUUUGUAGAAGCUUAUAUCUUGCUUAUACCGACUAUUUUCAACAGUCUAUUGCUAACGUUGUAGAUGAUGUGAAGAAAUGGUGGGUAUGGGGUUACUGGUCUUCACCGAUGAUGUAUUCUAUGAAUUCAAUUCUUGUGAAUGAAUUUGAUGGGAAAAAGUGGAAACAGAUUGCUCCAAAUGGAACUGAUUCAUUUGGAGCUGUAGUUGUAAGAUCUCGAGGGUUCUUCCCAAAUGCAUACUGGUAUUGGAUAGGUAUCGGUGCACUUAUUGGAUUCACAAUCGUCUUUAACAUUUGUAGUCUUGCACUUGCUUACCUCAAACCAUUUGGUAAGCCGCAAGCUAUAAUAUCAGAAGGCAGCGAUGAUGCCAAAACAACGAGCAUUGAGAAAGAAGUGUCCAAUAGUGAAGACCGGAAUAAGAAAAAGGGAAUGGUUCUUCCCUUUGAAUCGCAUUCCAUCACCUUCGAUAAAGUUGUAUACUCUGUUGACAUGCCUCAGGAAAUGAAAUAUCAAGGUGCCACUGAAGAUAGAUUGGUACUUCUGAAAGGUGUAAGCGGAGCUUUCAGGCCCGGUGUUUUGACAGCUUUGAUGGGAGUUAGUGACGCUGGGAAAACAACAUUGAUGGAUGUACUGGCUGGACGAAAAACAGGAGGAUACAUUGAGGGUAGUAUCAAGAUCUCUGGCUAUCCUAAGAAGCAAGAAACAUUUGCACGUAUAUCCGGAUACUGUGAGCAGAAUGAUAUCCAUUCACCUUAUGUUACAGUUUAUGAGUCAUUAGCGUACUCAGCUUGGCUCCGUUUAUCUCAUGAAGUUGAUGAAAAGACCAGAAAGAUGUUUGUCGAGGAAGUAAUGAAACUCGUGGAGCUUACACCAUUAAGAUCAGCCUUAGUUGGUUUGCCAGGAGUCAGCGGUCUCUCAACCGAGCAACGCAAAAGGUUGACUAUUGCAGUAGAACUAGUGGCAAACCCCUCAAUCAUUUUCAUGGAUGAACCAACUUCGGGGCUGGAUGCGAGAGCUGCUGCAAUCGUGAUGAGAACUGUUAGGAACACUGUUGACACGGGAAGAACUAUUGUCUGUACCAUCCAUCAGCCUAGUAUCGACAUUUUUGAAGCUUUUGAUGAGCUAUUUCUAAUGAAACGAGGAGGAAAAGAGAUAUAUGUUGGUCCAUUAGGUCGCCAUUCUUGCCAUCUGAUCAAUUACUUUGAGUCAAUUCGUGGGUUAAAUAAAAUACAAGAUGGCUACAACCCAGCAACUUGGAUGUUAGAAGUCACAACCCCGGCUCAGGAAAUGACGUUGGGAGUUGAUUUUACUGAUUUAUACAAGAAAUCAGACCUUUACAGGAGGAACAAAGCAUUGAUUAGUGAACUUAGCGUGCCUCGUCCUGGGACAAAAGACCUAAAUUUCGACAAUCAAUACUCACAACCAUUUUGGACCCAAUGUAUGGCUUGUCUUUGGAAGCAACAUGGGUCUUAUUGGCGUAAUCCUGCUUAUACUGCAGUCAGAUUUAUCUUUACAAUCAUCAUCGCCUUGGCCAUCGGGACAAUGUUCUUGGAUCUUGGUACCAAAGUGGAUAAAAGUCUAGAUCUAUUCAACGCUAUGGGGUCAAUGUAUGCUCCUGUUUUCUUCAUUGGUUUUCAAAAUACAGCAUCAGUGAUGCCUGUUGUAGCCGUUGAACGUACAGUAUUUUACAGAGAAAGAGCUGCUGGAAUGUAUUCUGCCAUCCCUUUUGCCUUUGGACAAGCUUUCAUUGAACUCCCGUAUGUCUUUGCGCAAGCUGUUACCUAUGGUGUUAUCGUCUAUGCUAUGAUUGGAUUUGAAUGGACAGUGACCAAGUUCUUUUGGAACUUGUUCUUCAUAUAUUUCACUCUCUUGUACUUCACCUUCUACGGUAUGAUGACCAUUGCUGUUACCCCAAAUCAAAAUGUCGCGCAAAUUGUCUCUACCUUCUGCUCUUCAAUGUGGAAUCUUUUCUCAGGAUUCAUUGUUCCACGACCUCGUAUGCCCAUAUGGUGGAGGUGGUACUAUUGGGCUUCUCCUGUUUCCUGGACAUUGUAUGGUUUACUCGCAUCGCAAUUUGGAGACCUCCAAAACAAAAUUAGUGAUACCGAUGAAACUGUGGAACAAUUCUUGAGACGUUACUUCGGGUUCAAGCAUGAUUUUCUUGGAGUAGUUGCAGUUAUGACUCUUGCGUAUGCCGUUGUUUUUGCCUUCAUAUUUGCUUUUGCUAUUAAAGUAUUUAACUUCCAGAAAAGAUAGAAGACAAGAAUGUUUACCUGCAGAAGAUCUAUAUGACUAGAACUGAAAUAGAAAUGGAGAAUUAAACUAUUGUAUACCACUUUGAGAAUUGUAUGUUUUCUACGACAACAUAUAUAUUACACAAGGAGUACCAUAUUAGGCAACUGAAUUAUCUCGUGACUUUAUAUACGUGCAAAAUUAUCACGACCCGAGCUGGGGCCCUGGCCGCGACGGGCAUCCGAACCAUUAAGGCUUACAUAUACCCCGCCUUACGACCCGAGUCGGGGCCCUGACGGCGAUAGGCAUCCCGAACCAUCAAGGCUUAGAUACACCUCCCCUUAUCGACUCAGCAUCCGCCUUACAUACAUCCCCCUUAUGGAUUCAACAUCCUCGCUUAGGUUUGCCCCACCGAAUGGGAUUUGCCUACACUCAGGAUUGAAGUUUUUCCCAUCGAAUGGGAUUUGCCUAGACUCCCGAGCCGGGGCCCUGGCCACGACAGGCAUCCCGAACCAUCAGUUGGGAAAGAUAGGGGCACUAUGAAAGAGCCCGACAGGGUAGCAGCAGAAGAAUACCCAAGUUUAAACUUUCCCUUCCAAUUUGAACUAAGAGGAGACAAGCAAACCAAGAAUAACAAAGUAAUAUGGCAGCAAAAGAAUUACCACACAAAUACGAUAGGGUAAGAAUAAAGGCAAUCACACAAGACACCAAAUUUACGUGGAAAAUCCUUUGAUGUGAAGAGUAAAAAACCACGGGACCAAACCUCCACUAUAAUCACCAAAUAGUUACAAUAUUGUUCUCCAAAAUGGCCACAAAACAAAUGCCAAACAAUAAGAAACAAUACAUAAACCACAGUAGCAAACACUAGAGAAAUAAAAGAGUGAAAACACAAAAAACACAGCUACUAUUCGGGAAUGAAGAACAGGAGCUACAGGCCACCAAAUCCACCUCCAUCAGUUCCUAAUCAAAGAUUGAGAUGAGAGGAACAAGCUGUCCAAAAUUCAGCUCAAUUAACAAGAAAGGAAGCGGGAAUCGCAAUUUAAAGUUGCCAGUUGUGGCUGAAAUUUGGGGUGCGAAAAUCUGCACUAUUUUUCUCUCUUUGGCUGCUGAAAACUCUCUUUUGUAAUGGUGAAUAAGACCUAAAAAGAUCAAUAUAUAUGACCUAUAGUAAUGGGCCUAUGGAAAAAAGUGGGUUGGUCCAAAUUGGGCUUCAUUUAUCCACAUAGGAAGGAAAAAAAGAUCCAAUAACCCAACAAUUCUCCCCCUCCCAACUUUGGGGAGGAGACCAUCAUCCCGGCGAUCAUGAAACAAUCUUCAAACUUCCCUCUUGGCAAAGAUUUAGUCAUCAUGUCGGAACCAUUAUCAUCCGUAUGAAUCUUCUCAAGUUCAAUCAACUUAGAAUCCAACAUAUCCCGAAUCCAAUGGUAUCUC